AUGUCCCGACAUUUCACGCUGCACGUUCCCGCGCCGCCGCCACCGCAUCUCAUUCCCGAACCACCACUGCACCUCCUACCAUCCGAUGCAUUCACACCAGGUCCUGAACUCCUAAUACCGGGGUAUACAUGCAGCGCACACGUCUUUCCCGCCGCAUGGCCGCGCAGCACGCCGCGCGCGUCUCUACUGGAACACCUUGGAGAAAGCGCGGGCGAGAGCAAGAAAGAGCGCAAGACGCGCCUGGCCCGCGCCACGGAACACAUUCUCUCAGCUAAAGCUGCAUUCGAACGCGAUUAUCCUGACGCAGUAGACGCCGACAAACGUGUGCUCUGGUUCACCGCGACGCGCUGGGUGCGCACCUCGGGCGUGAGGACGGGGGACAAGACGCUGCUCUGCACCCACGGCAACGGUUUUCACGGAACGACAUACACACCCAUCAUCCGGCGCCUGCUCGCGCGGCGCGACGACGUCGCCGAGGUCUGGGCGCUCGACGGCGUGCAGCACGGCGACGCCGCGCUCCUGAACGCCGGGCAGAAUGGGAUAUAUUUCGACUGGCACGACAUGGCGCGCGAUGUGCUCUGCUUCAUACUGCAUUUCUUGCCUUCGAAACCCACGUCCGCCCCGCUGCCUACAGUUCUGCCGCAUGUAUCCGACGGGUCGCGUCCAGUCAUCGCGCUGGGCCACUCCUUCGCCGGCUGCUCCCUCGUCCUGGCGGCAUACCGCCACCCCGAGCUCUUCGCGGCACUUAUGCUCGUAGACGCGGUGGUCUUCCCGCCAGGGCUCGACCGCACAAGAUCCCGCCCGCCCGGCUGGGUCGCCCCGGACGGCACAGUCUCAAUUGGCGGCUACCUUUCCCUGCCGCUUUACAUCACCAAUGCUCUCGCUCGCCGUACACAUUGGCAUUCGCGAACCGCUGCGCACGAGGCGCUCGCAGCGCACCCGUUCUUCGGGUCCUGGGAUAAGGACGUGCUGGAUGUGUAUGUGAAGCAGGCGUUGGUUGAGGAAAGGGAGGGAGGCGAAGUGCGGUUGAAGUGCGAUAAGGAGCAUGAGGCGGCUGUGUAUGCUGACAAGCGCGCUUCGUGGGAGGCAUGGGAUGCUCUCCCCCGACUGGAUGAGCGUGUAGCGUUGCUGUGGAUAGACCCACCGGCAGGCGAUAGUAUCGUUCAGACGCGUACGAUGGCGGCAGCACGCGUGCGUCGGCGGAUCGUCAAUAGCGCGUACGUCGUUAUACAGGAUGGCACGCAUCUGGCCGUACAAACUCAUCCAGUCGAAGUUGCCGAAGCCGUCGAGCUUUUCCUUGCCGCGCUGGAUGCGGGCAAAAUGGGAACCGCGCGCGGGUUGCUGUUACAGACGUCGGAAGAUGUGUUGCGUGGCAGCUUGCCGUCACGGUCUAGGAUGUAG